AUGGCUUUCAUUUGGCAUAGUGCAUUGCUCUUGAGCUUCGUUGCUUCCAUUUCAGUGUAUGCAGAUGUCAAGCUGGACUGUAGGUCUGAGUUUGUGUCGCUGGUGUGGACGGAAAGCCGACACCAUGCUGAUCCAUCGCUUUUCCGUUUGGGGACCUGUGUUCCCACCAGCGUCUCUGCCCGGGAGGCAACUUUCAGUGUCGAGUAUACGGACUGUAACUUCAGGACACUGGUCACCGGCAACCAGGUAGUGCACACCAAUGACCUGACUUAUUUGUCUCCUGGUUCUCAAGUGCAAACCUUUGUUCAUCCUGUUGCUUGCAUAUUUGACAGGCCAAAAGGCUGGUCCCCACUCCGCUAUGACCCAGUGUUCUCAACCUACGGCCAAUCAGAUCUAGUGUUCCAUAUGGCACUUAUGAAUGAGGACUUCUCUGGCCCAGCUGAAGCCACCCGUUUUGCUCUCGGUUCAUUCAUCCCAAUCAUGGCUCGUGUGGCUGAAAAUACCCAUCAGCCAUUGCUCCUGCUGAUGGAAGAGUGCAUCGCCACCACGACACCAGAUCGACAGCCUGACCAUUUUUACAACAUUAUUGGCAAUAAAGGAUGUCUUUUGGACAGUAAGGUGUCUCGUUCCAAAUUUGAACCAAGGCAGGUGCCGUCAGAAAUCAGACUAUCACUUCAGGCAUUUAGAUUCGCUGUGGAAGAAGAGGUGUUUAUCCACUGUAGACUUGUAGCUUGGGAUCCAUCUGGUAUUGACAACACUAAGAAGGCGUGCAACUUUGUCAAAGGCCAUGGUUGGGAGCUGCUGGACAACCCCACUCAUAGCAAGUUGUGUGACUGUUGUGAAACUAGUUGCAAAUCCAGGUGGUCAAGGAGUGUAACUUCAGGGAAACAUGGAAUCAUCCAGAAUGCAGUCCUUGGACCCCUGACUAUCACUGAAGUAAGCAGCAUCUUCCUAUGA